AUGGAUCAACCAGCACUUGAGGUCUUCCAUUACAAAGACAAAGAGCAGUCCUCCAACCUGCUCCUUCAGCUCAACAGACUGAGACAGGAGAACAUCCUGACAGAUGUGCUGCUGUGUUCAGAUAACACAGAGAUCCCCUGCCACCGUAACGUCCUGGUGUCCAGCAGCCCUUACUUCAGAGCCAUGUUCUGCAACAACUUCAUGGAGAGACAGCAGACCAAAAUUGACUUAAAGGGAAUCACAUCAACCAUUCUGAGCAGUAUUAUUGACUAUGUUUACACAGGACUUAUCAGUAUCAGCAUGGAUGACGUGCUCCCUUUGAUGCAGGCGGCAUCCAUGUUGCAAUAUGGCCGCCUUUUUGAGGCCUGCUCAAGUUUUCUUCAGAAGCAGCUUAGCCCAGGCAACUGUUUGAGCAUGAUAAGACUUUCUGACAUCAUGAACUGUAAGAGUUUAAGAGACAAAGCAAAGGAGAUGGCCAUGACGAGCUUCUGCGAUGUCUCAGCAUCCGAGGACCUGUGUGAGCUCUCCUUACCAGAGAUCAUGGGAUACCUGGAGGAUGAUUCCCUCUGUGCAGAGGAGGAGCAGGUUUUUGAGACACUUGUUGCUUGGAUCCAUCAUGAUCCUUUAUCCAGGCGUGGUGCCAUCAGUGACCUUUUCAAGAAGGUUCGCCUUCGAUAUAUCCAUCCCACAUACCUCUUCCAGUUCAUAGCCAAUGAUCCUCUGAUCCAAUCCUCCACCCUCUGUACUGAACUCAUUGAAUCUGUGAGACGUCUCAUGUUCUCUGUUAGCGCAAAAUGCACUGAAGAUACUGCAGCAGACUUUAAACAUCUUUGGGUUGCACCAAGGCGCUACAGCUAUCACGAUACAUUGGUGGUGGUAGGAGGAAGGAAGAAUAAUGAGCAGACCUCAAGGGAGGCCCUUGUCUUCGAUGAAAGGAGGCAGCAGUGGCAGUGGCUUGCUAAGCUGCCUGUUCGUCUUUACAAAGCCUCCUAUGUCGCCCUUCACAGCGUCCUCUAUGUCAUCGGAGGCCUGACCACAAAUACAAAGAACGAAGUCAGUACAACCGUCUACACCCUUUCCCUUAAGACCAACCAUUGGCGGACAGCGGAGCCUAUGCUGGAGCCACGUUUUGCCCACCAGAGUGUCUCCUACCACCACUUCAUCUUUGCCCUGGGUGGCCUUGGACGUGACAGGCAACUGACAGGCAACGUGGAGAGGUACAACAGUAUGUUCAACAUAUGGGAGUCGAUGGCACCCAUGCCUCAGGCUGUACUACACCCUGCAGUGGCUGCUACUAAUCAGAGAAUCUAUAUGUUUGGAGGAGAAGAUGCCAUGCACAACCCUGUCAGAAUAAUACAGGUGUACCACGUUGGCAGGAACAUGUGGUCUAAGAUGGAAAACAGAACAGUGAAGAAUGUCUCUGCUCCCGCCGUGGUUAUGGAUGAGAAAAUCUACAUCAUCGGAGGAUACACCAGGAGAAUGAUUGCGUAUGACACCAAGGCCAACUGGUUCAUCAAGUGUGCCAACCUAAAGGAGAGGAGGAUGCACCAUUCAGCCACUGUUCUCAAUAACAAGCUGUAUGUCACAGGCGGACGUUACGUCAAUGGCCACGACAUUAUUGAAGAUUCGGACACUUUUGAGUGCUACGACCCAGAAACAGAUGCAUGGGCGACUAAAGGGAGUCUGCCUUUUAAACUGUUUGAUCAUGGCUCUGUGACUCUCACAUGUGUCUCACAGACAUGAGACAGACAUGUGUGAAAUCAUAAAUUAGGCAGUCAGUAGUAUUUUUUUUGGUUUGUUUUUUUUUAACCUUAAUUUUGUAUUUAACAAAUGCCAUUUUCAUAUUUUGUUUUAAAUGUGAAACUAAAGUAUUUAAACAUGACAUGAUUUAGAAAGUCAACGUACCUCAACUAAUUCAAAUAUUCAUGAGAACUCUGAAAUCUGAAAAUGCUGUCACGUUCCAUGUUUUUAUUUAACACCUAACUCCGUAUAUUAAAUAAGACGACUCUUGUUGCACAGCCUGUUCUUAACCUGUCUGACUUCACAAUGGGUGAGAGUGCUAUUUUCAGCCUGCUCUAAAUCCAGAGAUUUCACCUGUCAUGUUUAAAUCAAGAGGGCUGUGUCCUGGUUGGUGCAAUUCAAAGCUAUGUGCAGCUCUCAGGCUUGAGACUGCUGAUGUGAACAACAAACCUUUGGAUCAUUAUCUGUUGCUUUCAUGGAAAUGCUGAUGGAAUUAUUGUGAUUAAAGCAAUAAAUUGUUCAUCCAGGGCUGAAAUCAAAAUAAAAGCAUAGCCACUCUCCACUGUUUUGGACCUGACCCCCAGCACAGUUCUGCAUAAAUGUAUUAAAUGCUGAAAUAAUUUAUUUUAAUGAUAAGGUUUAAUGUUUUUUUACUCUGUAUAUAUGUUUCCUGGUUUUAGCCACUGUUUUUUGUAAGCUCGAAAAUAAAAUGUCAC